AUGGACAGCAUUUUGAGUCCCAUAGAUUCAUGCAAACCAGCUGAAAACAAAAACGUGGGCUGUCCCGCCACCAAUGGCAAUGUUUCCGCCGUCGAAGGCUCCUCCAGUUCUCAUCCUCCUUCCAUGAUAGUCGGGCCUGAAGCCACCCUGGGCCGCCACAUCGCUCACAGGCUGGUUGAGAUUGGCGUGAACGACGUAUUCUCCGUGCCUGGCGACUUUAACCUCACCCUUCUCGACCACUUAAUUGCUGAACCAGGGCUCAACAAUAUCGGAUGCUGUAAUGAGCUGAAUGCGGGCUAUGCUGCUGAUGGCUAUGCCAGGGCUCGCGGGGUAGGUGCAUGCGUCGUUACCUUCACUGUGGGUGGACUCAGUGUGCUUAAUGCUAUUGCCGGGGCUUACAGUGAGAAUCUUCCAGUGAUUUGUAUCGUUGGAGGGCCUAACACGAAUGAUUAUGGGACUAAUAGGAUUCUUCAUCAUACUAUUGGCCUUCCUGAUUUUAGCCAGGAAUUGAGAUGUUUCCAGACCGUCACUUGCUAUCAGGCCGUGGUUAAUAACUUAGAAGAUGCACAUGAACAAAUUGAUAGAGCCAUCUCCACCGCUCUGAAAGAAAGCAAGCCAGUCUACAUUAGCAUCAGUUGCAACUUGGCAGGCAUCCCUCAUCCAACUUUCGACAGAGAGCCCAUUCCAUUUUCAAUCUCACCAAGAUUGAGUAAUGAGAGGGGACUCCAGGCUGCAGUAGAAGCAGCAGCAGCCUUCUUGAACAAAGCAGUGAAGCCAGUCAUGGUUGGAGGCCCAAAGCUGAGAGUUGCAAAAGCUUGUGAUGCAUUCGUUGAAUUGGCUGACGCCUGUGGUUACGCAGUUUCCGUGAUGCCAUCAGCGAAGGGCCUAGUGCCAGAGCACCACCCUCACUUUAUUGGCACUUAUUGGGGUGCAGUUAGCACGGCCUUUUGCUCUGAGAUUGUGGAAUCUGCUGAUGCUUAUAUAUUCGUCGGUCCAAUCUUCAAUGACUACAGUUCAGUUGGAUAUUCACUCUUGCUCAAGAAGGAAAAAGCCAUCAUUGUGCAGCCCGAUCGCGUUGUCAUUGGCAACGGACCUGCUUUUGGAUGCGUGCUCAUGAAAGAUUUCCUUCACGAAUUGGCCAAAAAGAUCAAGAAGAAUAACACUGCCCAUGAAAAUUAUCGACGGAUCUUUGUCCCUGAAGGGCUUCCCCUGAAAAGUGAGCCUACUGAGCCAUUAAGGGUCAAUGUACUAUUCCAGCACAUCCAGAAGAUGCUUUCUAGCCAAACAGCUGUGAUUGCUGAGACAGGUGAUUCCUGGUUCAACUGCCAGAAGCUCAAAUUACCAGAAGGAUGUGGAUAUGAGUUUCAAAUGCAAUAUGGCUCCAUUGGGUGGUCCGUUGGUGCGACGCUAGGCUAUGCUCAAUCCGUACCUGAAAAGCGGGUGAUUGCUUGCAUUGGUGAUGGGAGCUUUCAGGUGACUGCCCAAGAUGUGAGUACAAUGAUUCGUUCCAACCAAAAGACUAUCAUCUUCUUGAUUAACAACGGAGGAUACACCAUAGAGGUUGAAAUUCAUGAUGGUCCAUACAAUGUGAUUAAGAACUGGAACUACACUGGAUUAGUGGAUGCACUUUGCAAUGGUGAAGGCAAUUGCUGGACCACAAAGGUCCGCUGUGAAGAGGAACUAAUUAACGCAAUUGAAACAGCAACCGGGGAGAAGAAAGACUGUUUGUGCUUCAUUGAAGUGAUCGUUCACAAAGAUGACACAAGCAAAGAGUUGCUCGAAUGGGGAUCCAGAGUUUCAUCUGCCAAUAGCCGCCCACCAAAUCCUCAGUGA